AUGAGCUUGAGGCCGCAGAAACCCGUUUGGAUGAGUCAAGAGCAAUACGACAAGCAAUACGGCCCUGAAGUAGACUCUUCAAUAAAAAAGCCGGUAGCCAAAGCAUUGAAAGAAGAACACAAACCAGAUGAGUCUACUGGAGAACUUCCGGAUGAAGAACCAACUAACAUUGACCAGGAGCAGGAAAAGCCCGUGUAUAAAAUUCAAAAGCGUAAACGACAGAGGUAUGACAUUGAUGAGAGGCGCAAGAAAAAUCAAUUGAACAGAAUGCGCGACGACCAAAUCAAGAGACAUGAAAUCGACAUGACGGCAAACAAGGUUGUAAAUGUCGACCAAAUCAUUCGCAAACACUACAAUGAACGUACGUUUGUCGCGAAACGUAAACGGAGACAUUUAUCGCCUAUCAUCAAACUCAGGAAUUUCAACAAUGCUAUAAAAUACAUGUUAAUCGACAAGUACACAUUCCCUGGGAACGUCGUGCUCGAAUUGGGUUGCGGUAAGGGAGGUGAUUUGAGGAAAUAUGGUGCGGCUGGAAUAUCGCAAUUUAUUGGGAUUGAUAUCUCCAACGCAUCGAUUGUAGAAGCUCAAAAGCGCUUCUCAUCCAUGGGUAAUCUGGAUUACCAAGUGAUUUUAGUAACGGGAGAUUGUUUUGGAGAGUCACUCGGUGUUGCCGUAGAGCCCUUCCCCGAGUGCAGAUUUCCCUGCGAUGUUGUUUCAGCACAAUUUUGUUUGCACUAUGCAUUUGAAUCAGAAGAAAAAGCAAGACGUACGUUACUUAACGUUACAAAGUCUUUGAAAAUUGGAGGAUACUUUAUCGGUACCAUUCCAGACUCAGAAUUCAUACGUUACAAACUCAACAAGAUUCCAAAAGAUGAAGAAAAACCCUCUUGGGGAAAUGCUAUCUACAAGGUGACAUUCGAGAACAACAACUAUCAGAAAAAUAACAACGAAUUCAUUCCUCCCUUUGGCCAAAUGUACACUUACUGGCUCGAAGAUGCUAUUGACAACGUACCUGAAUAUGUCAUUCCGUUUGAAUCUCUGAGAAGUUUGGCUGAUGAAUACGGGUUAGAGCUGGAAUUGCAAAAGCCAUUCAACGCUUUCUUUGUUCAAGAAAUUCCAAACUGGAUCAACAAGUUCUCACCUCGGAUGCAAGAGGGACUACAGCGAAGCGAUGGCAAGUUCGGUGUUGAGGGCGAUGAAAAAGAAGCAGCUUCAUAUUUCUACACUGUGUUUGCAUUUAAAAAGGUCAAAUGA